GUGAGAUCAUUGUGCAGAGUCAUGUGAUCAAGGGGCGGAGCUCACACAUUGGAACGUUUCCCUAAAUGACUAGUUCUGGCUGAUCCAGUCUUCCAGGACUCAGUGUUGCCAAGUCUGCUUAUGACAAGUGGAAUUGGGCUUCUUCCUUUUUUUUAAGUUGCUUUUUGUUUUUGAUGGUAGUUUGUUGCUUGUUUUUUAUUUAUUUUUAUGUUUAGUGCAGUAGAGUCAUUGCUGCAUGAAAGAAGAUUCAGCACAGAGUUGGCAACAGUGGACUCUUCCUGAGCUCCCAUCGCAGCACCUGCAGCCUUAGAAAGAAUCAACAUGAAACAGAUUGUGGACAAAGCAAAGAAGGCAUUUGCCACUGGGAGGACUCGCUCAUUGGAUUUCAGACUUCAGCAGCUCAAGGCUUUGAAGAGAAUGAUCAUUGAGAAAGAUGCUGAUAUCAAGGGAGCCUUAAUAGGAGACUUGCGCAAGAAUGAGUGCACUGCUUUCACGUAUGAGAUGAUGGGGCUGUUAGCUGAAAUUGAACUGGUGAUUGACAAACUCCAUGAGUGGGCUGCACCGCAACAUGUCAAAAGGAAUCUAACAACCAUGAGAGAUGAAGUUUACAUCAACUAUGAACCUCUUGGUGUUGUCCUAGUUAUCGGAGCCUGGAACUACCCAUUUGUGGUUACUAUGCAGCCUGUAGUGGGCGCCAUUGCAGCAGGUAAUGCUGUGGUGAUCAAACCGUCUGAAGUCAGUGAGCAUACUGCCAAGCUCUUGGAGAAAAUUAUCCCACAGUACUUGGACAAGGAUCUGUACCCAGUGGUAAAUGGGGGAGUAGCAGAGACAACAGAGUUGCUGGCGGAACGAUUUGACCACAUCUUCUAUACCGGCAAUACCAAUGUUGGUAAAAUUAUAAUGACAGCAGCUGCUAAAUUCCUGACGCCUGUAACCCUUGAGCUCGGAGGAAAGAGUCCAUGUUACAUUGAUAAGGACUGCGAUAUUGACAUUGCAAGCAGACGUAUUACUUGGGGAAAGUUUGUCAACUGUGGUCAGACAUGCAUUGCUCCUGAUUAUGUCUUGUGUGACAAGUCCAUCCAAAGUAAAUUGGUAGAAAAGAUCAAGGAAACAUUAAAGGAGUUUUAUGGUGAUAACCCCAAGAACUCUGCAGAUUAUGAAAGGAUCAUUAAUAAACGUCAUUUCAAGCGUGUGGUUGGUUUAAUGGAAGGGCAGAAGGCCGCUAUUGGAGGGGAACAUGACGAGGCCACCUGUUAUAUAGCACCAACCAUCCUGACUGAUGUGCAGCCGGAUUCAAAGAUCAUGCAAGAAGAAAUUUUCGGACCACUCCUUCCUAUUCUAUCAGUAAAAAAUGUGGAUGAAGCCAUUCAGUUUGUAAACCAGAGAGAAAAACCACUCGCACUUUAUGUAUUUGCAAAUGACAAAAAGAUCAUAAAAAAAAUGAUAUCCCAGACAUCAAGUGGAGGAGUGACUGCUAAUGAUGUUUUUAUGCAUUUCACAGUGGUGGAACUACCAUUUGGAGGUGUUGGAUACAGCGGCAUGGGUGCCUAUCACGGCAAACACUCAUUUGAUACAUUCUCUCACAAACGAUCUUGCCUCAUCAAGUCUUUAGCUAUGGAAGGUGUAAACAAGCUCAGGUAUCCCCCGUUCAGCCAGAAGAAGGUGGAGUGGGCUAAGUUUCUGCUGUUGGGGAAGGUGAAUAAGAAAAAGCUGGCUCUGGUGCUCCUGCCUAUAGUUGCUGUGAUAGCAGCUGUCAUUUUAAAGAAAUACCGCUGGGAACUGGCAGGCAGAGGGCUACAGAUAGCAAUGGCAUUUCAGAGACUGUGGGGUAAACAAGAUGAGUAAGCCAUGACAGGGAGCAGCGGUCACAGUUACAGUAAGAUGCUGUAACAGGGUGAUUGAUAGAAGACACCUUCCUGUUCCUGGUUCUCUCUAAUUCGGAGUCUAUGCAUUGUGUGUGAGAGCAUUAAUUUGUAUCGUGUAAAUGAAAAUAUUUUCUGCUGCUGUAUAAAAUGAAAACCUUCAGGUACACUGGUUUAUUCUGUCUUCCUAAUGUCUAUAAGGGUUUUGAAACUUUUUUUUGUUUUAAUAUAUAUAAAUUAAAGAACAAACAGGCAUUGUACAAACUGAAACUUGCAAUUCCUUCAGUUAUUAGCAUAAAGCAUUUAUUUUGCUUAUUCUGUCCCUUCAUUAAAGCAGAAUUUGGGGGUCCACGUUUUAAAGGUACUGUUGGGGGGGAAUUCAAUUAUUGAGUAUCAGCAGGAAUGAGUGGCCAAAGCUAUUCAGUCAGCCGCAAAUUUCUUUUCGCACUGUCUUGGGAGUGCAAGACAAAAUGUGACAAACUAGUGCCGUGAUGUGAUUUGUGGGCUUACAGCAUUGCACCCAGCCCUUAAGUCGGAGAAUGCCGCUCACUGCAGCUAAACACAUUCUUAAGUGCCGGGCACUCAUUCCAUAUGGCGUUCAAUAGUGCACCGAGAUCCCAGCCACCAGCAGCGGGGCGAGCGCCACGCUCGGGCUCAGUGGCUCGCUGCGCUCACCGCAGGUCCUAUUCCCACUCUGCGGGUGUCGUGUACACCCAUGAGUGGGAAUAGCCCUGGUGCACCGGGAUUCCAUCCAGCAGCAUUGUCGGCUGUCGGGAUUCUGGCACCGGUAUCCUAACCGCUGGGAUCCCGACAGCCAGUAAAUUAAACGCACCCUGGAUUGGAAUAUGUAUAAAACACCCAUUUAAUACUUUUACAUGGAAAGAGACUGUAUAAAAGCCUGAUUUGUAGAAUUUUAACCAGUGUUUUAAGUAGAAGUAUCCCAAGAAAUACAACUACUUUAAAGUGAUAAGUCAAUAUAAAGUGAAUUAAUUAAGAAAAUGUUCUACUUGGGUAAAUAAUAGGGACUUGAUUAGGUGAGAGUGAUUCUCAUUUACGCCUGCAUUGCGUUUAGAUUUUUAAAAUAUAGUUUCAUCUUCAAUAUAUAAAUACAGUUUCUGAAAAAUCGUUGCAAUGGCCUAUAUCGCCUAAUCUUACUUGUCUAAAUGAAUUACUAGUAAUACAAAAUGAAUAACCUUAACUGAAUGUAAUUUUCUCUUUAUAAGAACUAUAUAUACAUAGAUAUGUUAUAUUAUGCUGUAUUGAUCAGAAAGUAUUUUGUCUAUUUUAUAUUAACAUUUACAAAUAAAGUUUUAUCACACGU